AUGGCCAAAUUCGCAGAUGAUCAAACGGAAGCACCUCCACCCAAGAAAGAAACAUGGGAGGAAUUCAAUGCGAAAAUGAACCGCAUACAAAUGGCCCUCGCAAAACGUGAAGCCAUUGCGGAAAACAUCCUAGCAAAAUACCCUACCGAAAGACGCCGUAAGACGCAGGAAGAAAUCGACGCUGAGGAUGCCUUGUGGUUUCCUACACCGGCGGGAAAUCAACCACUUAAUACAGAUCCUGCUUUUGCGAAAUUCUUAAAGCCGGCUGCAGAGCGGAACCAGAAAACUUUGCGCGAUAAAAUGCUUCCUUCGAAAGAGUUAAGAGCUAGUAAAGCGAGGGAUGCCGAGGAGAAGGCUGCGAGUGCGAAGAGGGCUUUGGCGGAUGCUAGUAGUGAUGAGGACGAGGGACGAACUGCUCUAGGGAAAGCAAAGAAGCUGAAGACGAAACACAGCAAGACAAAUGGAGGGGAAGAUGAUAAACCAUUGAUCAACAAAGCCUUGCUUGCUCAAAAUCAGGUUGAAGAAGGAAAAGAACUGGUCAAUAAAGCUUUGUUACUCCAUCUGGAAGAUGCAGAUGAAAGCACCGAAGUUACCUCGAAGAAGUCGAAGAAAAAGAAGAGGAAGAAGUCGAAACAAAAGAAUGCGCUGGCGGAAGAGGAUAAUGAGCAGAGUAAUUUGGAAGAUAAAUCGCCUGAGGCUGUUGAUCAAAUGGAUGUGGACGAGGAAGACUUCAAUUUAUUCCGCAGCAAGCCUGUCGAUGUGAUUCCAAAAGAUAAUCCACCUACCGAUACUGAAAAGGCUUAUGAAGGAGAUCCUGAGACUGAACAGGCAUCAGAUGAUGAGAGAAAGGCGAGGCAAGAAGCAAAGAAACUUCUGAAAGCCCAGAGGAAGAAAGAGAAAAAAGAUAAGAGGAGAGAAGAAAGGUCAAAAAUGAGUGUCGACACGGAAGACUAA